GCGCGAUCGAUAAUACAAAUUGGUUUUCGGAGUUUGGGGCGGUCAUAUUGUCUUUGAGUCUUUAAUGGACGUUGAGGGUUGGUGUGGAAGGUAUUGAAAGUAACUAGAAAAGUGCAAUAAUGGAUUCGACCGGUGCGUACGGUGGUGGAAAAGCUGGGGGUGCGUUCGACCCUCAGGCCUUCAUUCAAAGACCCCCUGUAAUCGUCAGGGCGGUUUGUUGGCUCUUCAGCGUGAUCGUAAUGGGCUGCAUAUCAGCCAAGGGCUGGUACAUCAGCAAGAAGGACGGCAAGGAGUACUGCGCCUACAACGACGACACCAACGCGUGUAACUAUGGCGUCGGCAUCUCCGUCAUCGCUUUCAUCGCCUCAAUCGGAUUCAUUGCUGGAGAAUACCUCUUUGAGCAGAUGUCGUCUGUCAAGACUAGGAAGCACUAUGUGCUUGCGGAUAUGGGUUUCUCUGCUUUCUGGGCAUUCCUGUACUUCGUCGGCUUCUGCUAUCUGGCCAAUGCAUGGGGCAAGACCGACGACCCGCCAAUUGGGACUGCCAACAACAUGCAGGGUGCUAUCGCCUUCUGCUUCUUCUCAAUCUUUGCCUGGGUGGGUUGCGCGUUCUUCGCGUUCCAACGCUUCCGUGUAGGCGCGGACUCGGCGUUCGCGCCGGCGUACGAGGUGGAGGGCGCCGUGGGCAGCCCGGGCGGCUUCCCCGCCUACCCCGGCGCGCCCGACCCGCAGCCCGCCUACAGCGAGCCGCCCUUCUCGCAGCGGGACCAAGGGAACAUGGACUACACUGCUCCGACCUACUAAAGCCUGCGGUUCGCUCUUGCAUUUCUUAUUUGACACUCGACGCUGCAGUUAAUACCUACUUUACUUUUUCCAAUCUAGAUCAAAGAAAAAG